UCUGCAAGAAGAGAACGAUGAGACCACUAUAUAAAUACAUUUUUAAUUUGUUAUAAUAACGUUAGUUAAUAAAAACAUAGCUGUUUAUUGUCCAUUUUAACUUAACAAAUACAACUUUCAAAUGUAAUAAUGUUUUAGUAAAUGUAAACGAAAAUAACAAAUGAUGUACAAGAACAGUUACAGUAACGAAUCCUACUGAAACCCUUUGAAUGUAACUUACGUCAGUAAGUUUAUAUUAAAUCAACACCAUCGAGCACUUCCACAAACUUAUUUUCACCACAAAUAAUUAACCAGGGUCUGAGAGUGCAAGUUGAUAGGCUGCAGCCAGACCCUUCGCGCUGGGUGAGCGUCACUUCCAGCUUUGCAUCUUUUAAGACGCAGCGCAUUUGUGCAUAGCAUUGGAUGCUAUAACUAACAAAUGAUCUAAAUGUGUCAAUCUGGGCUGCAGAUUUACGGCUCUUUUGCGCGGAAGUCAUUUCACAUCUCAGACCUGUUGCUUUCACUUCCACUCACUUCAUCUGUAGACGCAUCUCUCAGCGCAGUAGCGCUCGUUUGCUGUUGACAAGACCUCAUCAAUUCAGGGAUUUACAAAGAAAUGCAAGAUGAGAUCAAACUUACUUGGAAUGUUUUUACUUUUUAAAUAUUGUAUUUGCGACAAUGCGCACAGCUUUGAUGGAGACAUACAAAACUUUGUAGUUGGUAAUAACUCGUUGUUUGUUCUUACUAACAAUCGUCUGCAUCAGAUGAGACACGACCUGACUAUGGAAACAUUUAAGGAUUACAACGGCACACAUGCAAACCCAGUUACACUUCUGGUGCCAUUUGAGACGAACGGCACCCUGAUCAUGUGUGGACCAUCUAACGGUGGAUACUGUGAGAUUCUUGAUCUGAAUGAUAUCACAAACAGUAUUUACUGGGAAUCCAGGCCGUCUCUGUUGGAGCAAAAUGAGAAAUCCGUGGCAUUCAUAGUUGACACCAGUAAAAAUGAUGCUUAUAUUUUGGUUGGAAUGAAGGAAGAUUCAGGAAAACCCCCGUUUUGUAUUGUCACCUUGUGGAACACUUUACAUUCACAACCAGGAUCAAUUUUCGCCAAAACAGGUGCGAUAUCAAGACCCUGCAUUCAGACCAAUAUAGAAGUGGAGUUUAUAGAUGGAUUUCAGAUAACUUCGCCCAGACUCCCGUACCUGUUUCUAAACGCGAAGACUGAGACCGGGUGGCAAGCGUUCGUCCUCACCCUGAAUAACGCCAAAGCACAAAAACAAGACAUUCUCAAGGGCUUUAAAGGUAGCAGGUUAGAAUGCUGUAAGGAUGCAGCUCGUCCUAUUCUCGUCGCAUCUGCUCAUCCCUCAGAUAAGGCUGUAUUAUGGACAGGUAUAUUCAGUGCGCAAAACAAGAGUGAUCCAGAGAACACCGCACUAGCUGUUUACGACAUCAGUACUGUUGAUGGCAAAGUUAAAGGAAUCUGCUCCAACAGUGAAAAUCCACAAUGUUUGCAGAAGCCACAGAGUGAUAAACGAAUUCAACCAUUGGCAGUAGUUUUCAAGUACAAGUCAAUGAGUUCAGUAACAGCAGUCAGGGAUGGAUCCUGGAUUGUCCUGUUCAUAGGAACCGAGGAUGGACAAGUAAUAAAGCUUGUGUUGGAUGAGAGAUUCAGUCCAGGCUGUCCAACAGUGCUGUACAGAUCGGAUGUUGAUCAAGAAGUGUUUCCCAAAAUGCAUUUAGAUCCAGUAGAUUCCAAAUAUAUCUACAUAGCACUGAAGAACCAGAUCAGAAGAGUUUCUGUGGUUCAAUGUGCCAAAUACAGCUCGCUGAGGGACUGCAGAGCUGCUCAGGAUCCUUUUUGUGGUUGGUGUGUUAACAAGCGCAGAUGUACCACCAAGGAUGUGUGCUCAACCUCUUCAUGGGUGUUCUUCACUAAAGACUUUCUUCAGAAACAGCUGCUUUCUUUUCAGGUGGCAAAGAAAUCCUCAGGAAAGAUUACACUACAUCUGGCCAUGAGUCUGGAGAGCACACAAACUCCUGCAUUCACGUGUGCUUUCACCGCAGGAGGUGUGAAUCUGUGUGACAUAUCUGAUCCUGCUGCAGUUUUUCCAAACUGCUCCUGUAACAUUACAGACCAUCGCCUGUCUACUGGAGGAUUGGAGAUCUUAGCUACAGUUACUAUUGACGAUCAGAAGUUCACAGAGACCCUGAUGCUGAAGAACUGCCCCAGCAUUACGGAUAAUUCAACUUCUUAUACACAGUGUGUGCAGUGCGUCACAGCUGGAUGUCAUUGGUCUUCUUCCCUCAAGCGUUGUGAUUGGGCCCAUGAACCUGAGGCACACAUACUGGAUGUAUGUAAAGGGACAGAUUACAAUGAGCCUGAGAUUCUAUCUAUACAGCCAAACAAGAUUUCUUUCCAUGGCAGAAAUAAUGUUUUACUAACAGGAAGGAAGCUGGAAUCUGUCACCAAAAUCCGUAUUCAAGGGGUUCUGGACUGCAUUCCGAAAGAAUCUCCAGUGUUUGAUCGGUCCAGUGACAGUCUAAGGUUUCACAUUCCCCCAAGUGUAACCAAAAAUGCAGCGAAGGUGUGUGCUGUUACUAUGGAUGGUCGUUGUCAUGGUUACAGCAUCAUCACUUAUAGUUCCCAGCCCAGCUGCACAGGAAUACAACCCAAAGUCAACUGGAAAAGCGGUGGAAGGAAGAUUCAUGUGCGGGGGACCAAUUUGGAUGUUGUGGAAUCAAUCAUUGUCCGUCAAUCCAAUAAAGAGCUUAAAACACAGUUCAACACAAACACAGGGGACAUAUGGUUUCACGCUCACCCUUAUGAUGGCAAUAAUCUGGUUAAUUUGAUGUUAAAAGUUGGAAACUCAACUUUACACUGUGCCGAUUUAACCUACCAGCCUGAUCCAGUGUUCAUUGGAUUUACAACCACACAGAUAGACAAUGACGUUCUAGUGAUUUUAAAGAAAAAUGCAGACUCGUUGAAUUUGAGUAUGGAUGAGGUGAAAGUGUCUGGUCUACAGGAAGAUCAGGAAUAUGAGUGUGUUUUGGAAAGUAUUGCAUCUUAUGUCAUUAUGUGUAAGAUUAAAGCCGUCAUCCACGUCGACUCACUCACUAUCUGGGUUGAAAGAUCAUUUUUUCUCAGGAUGGGACAAAGCAGUACAAAGUAUAUGUUCUGUCUUAAACCACAGGACCCAUCUUAAGAAGCAUGGAGGAGCAAUGAAAAUUAAGUUUUAAGCUUCUAUGAUUGUAAUUGUAAACGUUUCUGUAAGUAUUCCCUUUUUGGCUUUUGUAAUUGUCAUUUAGCUUUAACACUGUGUUUAAUGUGUUUUUUCCGAUUUAGUGGGCAAACAAAUGUAUAGUUGCUUCAGCUGUUCUGCAAACAGCAGGUGGCGCUAUAUACUUACACAAUGAUUGCACAAAGAAUUAAAAAACAUGCUUUAAUUUUAAACUUGCUUUAAUGCUUUAUUUGUCAUGCUUUAAUUGUAAACUUUAACUUUUAAUUGUAAAGUUAUUUUAUCUCUAGAUCCAUCCUGUAUGCAAUCAUAAAUAUUUUUUUUCCCACAUUCACUAUUGCACAAAGUGUAUUAGUUCUGCAAUAGCAUGCAUUUUAGCGUAGGCCUACAUACUAAAUUGUAAAUGACCUAAAGUCCUUCAGAUUGUUUUCUACAAUGAUGGACAUUUAUUUACUAGAUAAAGUUCAGUGUAUUUUAUCAGAGAACAGUUUUAGCCUUUAGACUUUAUUAAACUUUAA